ACUAAGUAACAUUUCCACAACUAUAAACUCUGCUCCUCCUCCUCACUCUACUAUUAACAACAGCAAAAAAAAAACAGACAACAUAUAGCAACCAUGCAUAAGCCAAUACUGUUUCUUCUACUUGUUCACAUAAUCCUAACUUUAGUCCCUGGUGCCACAGCCAAGGUGUCGGCUAUCAUCGUUUUCGGAGACUCUUCUGUUGAUUCCGGAAACAAUAACCAACUCUCGACUCUUCUCAAGAGUAAUUUUCAGCCUUAUGGCCGCGAUUUUUAUGGUGGUAAACCUACUGGAAGGUUCUGCAAUGGUCGUAUUCCGCCUGAUUUUAUAUCCGAGGCUUUUGGACUCAAGCCUGCUGUGCCGGCCUACUUGGAUCCCAUGUACAACAUUUCGGAUUUUGUGGAUGGAGUAAAUUUUGCUUCUGCUGGUACUGGCUAUGACAGUGCUACAUCUGAUGUUCUUUCUGUGAUACCUUUCAUGAGAGAACUUGAAUACUACAAAGAGUAUCAGAGCAAACUUAAAGCUCAUGUUGGUGAUGAAAAAGCCAAAGAAAUUACAAGCGAAGCUCUGUAUCUACUGAGCUUGGGAACAAAUGAUUUUCUCGAAAAUUAUUAUACUAUGCCUGACAGAAGAAGUCAAUUCACUGUCGACAAAUAUCAAGAUUAUUUGAGUGGAAUUGCUGGAAAAUUCAUAAAAGAAUUAUACGAGCUGGGAGCUCGAAAGAUUUCUCUAGGCGGGCUUCCUCCAAUGGGCUGUUUGCCAUUGGAGAGAACUGCAGAUUUUUUCAGAGGACAAGGUGGUGAAUGUAACGAAAAUUACAACCGAGUGGCUCUGAAUUUUAAUUCCAAGUUAAGUGGUCUGGUGAAAAAUCUGAAUCAGGAGCUUUCUGGUAUCAAAGUGGUCUUGUCUAAUCCAUACAACAUCCUGAAACAAAUUGUCCACAAGCCUUCUUUAUAUGGGUUCGAAGUUGCAGGAAUUGCAUGUUGUUCAUCAGGGCUGUUUGAGAUGAGCUAUAUGUGUGACAGGCUAAAUCCAUUUACAUGCACUGAUGCAGAUAAAUACGUGUUCUGGGAUUCUUUUCAUCCUAGCCAGAAAACAAACAAAAUUGUGUCUGAUUAUGUAAUUAAGAAUGCUCUUCAUGUAUUUUUGUGAUUCCAAUGAUACUAUGUAGUAUUCAUAUCAGUACUGGGAAUAUAUAUCAUGUAUCAUUUGAGUACCCUGUUGAUUUUCUGUUAUAUUGCUGUUAAAUGUUCUGUAUUUUUCUCGA